AUGCUGGAGGGCGUGAUGCAGCGGACGCAAGUUGGGCGGCUCAUGUGGCAGCGGCGGGCAUCGCCGACGGCGGCGGCGGCAGAGCGGGUGCAGGCAGCUGCCAGCAAGCUGUAUGUGGGCCGGCUGCAGGAGGUGCUUGUGGUGCCCAUCGGCAACGAGCGGUGCGCGCUGCUGAGCAUGUUCUGGUGCUGA